AUGGCAGGUUUGCAGAGAUCCGCAGUCUCAUUCAGGAGACAAGGCUCCUCUGGUUUGGUAUGGGACGACAAAUUAUUGUCCGGCGAGCUCGCCGCCCAGCAGAAGGAUGUCAAAGCCCAGCGAACGGAAACGGACGCGAAAGCCCAGCAAUCGGAAGUGGACGGCGGCGGAGACGGCGAGCUGCGGCCGGCCGGAUUGACCAUCCAGAGGAACCGAUCCACCGGCGGAUUCCGCACCGGGAGAGUCUCGCCGGCGAUCGAGCCGCCGUCUCCUAGGGUUUCGGCCUGCGGAUUUUGCGGGGCUUUUGGGAAGGACAGCAAGACGCGCCGACGGCCACCGAGGUCCGGGAAGCGCGUGGCGUGA